CACCACCGGAUUUUGGGGCCCCGACUCGGCCGCGCGUUCGUGUCGGUUGCCGCCGCCGCCGUCGUUUGCCCACCAGUGUUCACGUCGUAUCGAGCCGCUUAUACCGCGGCGCAGCACAGAUACACCGCAUACACCUAACACACACGCGGGCGCGAUAAUAAACGUUCUUUUAUAAUAACAGGUAUACAUGUUAUGAUAAUAUUAAUUUAUCGUUACGAAAUACGAAAAUCGUAAAAUAAUUUAAUAUUUCAUUACAAUAUAUCAUAUUGUACAUUUUUGUAUUCUCGCACGAGCUUGUAUAUAUUUUAACGUACCGUCUCUUGAAUACCCCGCCACUAGUCGACUACUCGACUCGUGUCCACCAGCACACAUUCAGACGGGGCCACACGGCGUUUUACUAGACGGUGACCAAUAUUAACUUGUUUUCCCGCACGGCAUCUGCCUCCGUACUGCGGUAACAACGACGGUCAAAAUAUUAUGUGAACUUGGCGCGCAACUGCAUCAGAGGAGACAAAUAGACAGACCAGGAGGAACCGUCCAAUACCGAUUUAAAACGACCGUGGUCGUUACACACAUCACAGCAACAGCCGGAGUCUCAGUCGUACGAAAGUUUUGUCAACGUAACCGUUACGCAGACGAUAUAUCAUAACAUGGACACAGCUACGUUUUUCGUCGAAGGCACUGCCAAUCAAUUCGAGCACGUACUCUCGCUGUACCCGCAAGCGUUGCGCAUCAAAGCCGAGGCCAAGACGAAAAAGCCCGAAGACCUCAUCAAGCUGGACAAUUGGUAUCAGAAUGAAUUACCUGGAAAAAUCAAAUCCAGGGGUAAAGAUGCACAUUUAAAUCACGAAGAAAUUUGCCAAAUCAUGAAAUGGAAACAGACUAGAGGAAAAACAUUCCCUCAAUUGAAUUACUUAAUUAAAGUGAAUACACCACGUGCUGUUAUGGCCGAGACGAAGAAAGCUUUCAAAAAAUUACCCAAUUUAGGACUUGCUCUUACAGCAUUAAGUAAUUUGAAAGGUGUUGGAACCACAAUGGCCUCUGCUUUGUUAGCAGCUGCUGCUCCAGAUAAAGCUCCUUUUAUGGCUGACGAAUGUCUAAAAGCAAUUCCAGCUAUUGAAGGAAUUGAUUAUACUGCUAAAGAAUAUUUGAAUUUUGUUGCCCAUAUUCAGAACACAGUGGAAAGACUUAAUAGUGAAUGUAAUGAAAAUACAUGGAAUCCACAUUCAGUAGAAUUAGCAUUGUGGACACAUUAUGUGGCAAAUGAAUUCAAACCUGAACUUUUAAAUAGUGUUCCAGAAGCAAUUAAGAAGCCAAUUAUUAGUGAACAAACAAAUGCCGAUGCUCAUGUUAAUGGCAAUGUUAAUCAAACAAAGUUGGAUGAACCAACAUCUGAUGAUAGCAAUCCUGAGCCAUUACCACCGUCCAAUGGUCACCAAUUAACAAUUGAAGAUGACUCUCGUGACAAGUCUGAAGAUGAUGUCACCAAUGACUCUAUAACGACAUCAGAAUCAGCUCAAACACCACUUGCUGAAGCUUUAACCGAAGACUCAUCUAGUCUCCCUGCCCCCGACGAACCUCCUGUAAAAAAAUUCAAAAAUGAUGGCCAGACUGUGGCUGCAGAAGCCAAUGGCAACUAAAUUGGUUAAAUGGUUUUAAUUAAGCUAUAUGGACCACCAUAAGUUUAUAAUUUUAGUGACAAGUUAACAUUGGAGAAAAUAUUG